AUGCAAGCUAUCAAUGCUAACCAAGUUCCCGAUAAUUUUGAGUUUCAGACGGAUAUAAAUGACUCAAUUAUCCUCGUCAAUCCAUCGACGACGUCUGCGCCAACGAGUGGAAUGGAAACUAACAACUUUGCAAAUCAACAACCACCAAUAGACUUAUUUCAAAAAGAUCCUUCUAGGCCUUCAGAUGUAUAUCUAGGGAAACAGCAAUGUGACCAACAAGACGAUGAAAAUAUUCCCAAGUUUCAAGCUAAUGAAUCUUUAUCCAAUGAACAUCAAGAACGAAAUAAAUCAGAAAACGUAAUUUCACCCGGUAGAGACAAAAUAAUGAAUACAAACAUGUUCGACCGCAACAUAAAUGACUUUGAGAUGCAAAAAAACAAAUAUACACAAGAUUUGAUUGAAAAUAUUCCUAAUUUAUAUCGUUUAUUAGACUUAUGCAAAGACGAUGGUUCGAAUGGUCUUGUCGAUAAAACAAUUAUCUCUAAGGAUUUUCUAAACAAACUAUGCAACGAUAUGGUUCCAUCAAGUUUUAAGUCUAUUUCUGAAAUCAAUUAUACAGAAUUGAACUCAAUUUCUGUUCGCCUUAUUGGAUGUUACGGAAAUAGCCAUUUAAUUUCAAAACUCUUAUUGAAUUUAAAGAUUGUUGAUCAAGAAACAUAUGACUUGCUUACAGCCUCUCAUCAUCCUAUCAACAACUCAAAUAAACCUUGUUUACGUCCUGGUAUUUACUUACUGGUUGUGAAUCCAGAUAUUUGUUUAGUUAUUCAUUGGCCCGAAGUAGGAUGUUACGAGGAAAAUGCUCCUUCACAAUGCAAAAAGAAUAUGACUAACCUACAUAGAUAUCUGACAAAGGUUACCGAGCAUCAGCUUUGCCUUAUGAGUGAUGAAGAUUUAAAAAGUUUCGAUUGGAAUUUAUACAAUACCGAUGUUGAUUAUGACGACGAUAAAGGGUUUCAUGAAUUUGAAGUCAGUAAAAGUCAGGAAGAACAGGAUGACUUUAAAAUCUAUCCCGGCUUUAAGAUGAAUUUAUCCGAUAAAAUUAAAUCCGAAAUACAAAAUACUCAAGAAGAUGGUGUACCCUUGCAUCCUAUUGUUAUUGAAUCUGCUACAAAUCAAUCGUUUGUUACUCGGAGAUUAAUAAAGGAGACUAUUCGUCCGCAAGUAUUCCAUUUAUGGCUUUAUAUAUCGGAAUUCUCACAAGAACUUCAGUCCAGAUUACAAGGACGACGAUUAUAUAUUGAUCGUAAAACAAUGGACAUGAAUUCAUUAGAAAUCUUGAUUAUACAUGGAUUAAAAAUGGAGGAUGAAUUGAUAACAUUUCGUAAUGAAAUACACGCUGCAAAAUUUCAGUAUGAAGAAAAGAAGAAACAUGAAAUAGAUACAAUAAAAAAGGAUUGUGAUAUAAUUUUAAAUUUAGCAUGGAAAAAAUUAAGUGAUCGUUAUAGGAUCCAUUCAAAAUAUUCAGAUAAAGAAGGCCAAAUUGAUGAAGCAAUCAAAAUCAAUUCCGACAAUUGGAAUAAAUUGAAAUGUCGAUAUAUUUUAACUUCGACAAUUAUUUUUGAUUUAUUGGAAAAGAAUGAAGAAUCCGCAAGACAUUUUAAUGAUAUAUCAUUUAUAGAUUUCGUACAUGAACUUAUUAAUUCUGAAAUUUUGACUAAGAAGAAAUUUAUGACCAAAAAUCUGAAAGAUAAAAAUUUUGUACAAGAUUUAAUUAGUUCCAAAAAUAUGUUAAAUAUAAAAUCUAUAAAAGACCUUAUGAAUUUAAAAAAUAUAUCAGAUGAAAUAUUUAUACUAGAUCUUGUUAAUUCAUCAUACCUUGGAGAGGACAAAAAAGAAUUAAUAAGUAUUUUCUUUGAAGAAUACAGAAAAUGGAAAGUCAUCUUUUCUAAUGAAAUUAAAGAAAUUCUGCAAAAAGAUUCUCUCAUUCAAAAAUUAUCACAUCACUUAAAGGAAAAAUUUGAGCAAGAAAAGAGAAAUAUUAAAUCUCGUGAAUUUCAUAGGCUUUGCAAUGUAAUAGAAGAAAAAUAUCAAAAUAAUGGGGUCGACAUUAAUUAUUGUUUCAAACAUGAGCUUGAAAUAAUUGAACCAAAAAAACUUCAAAUAACAAUUUUUGAGACAUCAUUAGAGCAAGCGGAUACCUUUCAUCUACAUAAUGAAGAGUUUUAUAUUCCAAAUCCAAUUUUGCGUAUUGGUGUAACUUUGCAGAUUGAUUCUUCAAUUUACGAUUUCAGAAAAAUAGCCCAAUUUGAUAAUAGCAAAUUUCUUCUUAUACUUUACAAUAAAAAAGAACAAAAAUUUGAAAUGUUCUUUGACACUGCUCAACGGUUAGCAAAUAAUUUCAAAUAUUCAAUUAAAAUAUUUAAAUCUUUGCAUACAGAUGAAAAUGUAUUUAUUGCAAUUAAUGAGCCGAAAGAUCUAAUCGCUAUAUAUGAUACAAAAAAAGUUUUGUUGAACGUAUACUCAUUUAAUGAUGAACAAAACUAUUUAUAUGCACGAGAUUCAAAUAUCCAGUUACUACAAUGGUAUAAUAAUAUGAUCCCAAAUCUUCGACAUUUUUUUUUUAUUAAAGACACCGAAGAACUCUGUUUUGUUGAAAAAGGUGGUCGGGCACGUAUUUUCAAUCUUAUAACUAAGCAAUUUCGACCAGCAUUUAGUUUUCCAUCAAAUAUUGUAAAUGUUUUAAGUUCUCCUGAUGGAUCAUGUAUUGUAGCGUUUGUAAAAGAAAAAUUAGAGUAUAAUAACCAUGAUAGCGUUACAAAAAUCAAGGAUGAUAAUGAGAUUAGACAUGUUGCUGAUGAUAUGAAGAAUAUUAAUAAUACUGUCAAUGAUAACAACAUCAAAGAAAUAUGCCGUGCUUAUGUUUAUUUUUGCACAAAUUUUGGCGGUUCUGUUAAUAAAGUUGUUGACUUACCACCAACCCUUCAAUCCUUGGAAUUCUUGCAAUUUACUCGUAUUAACAAGUUACAAACUCACUUGAUGUCAAUUGAUUUACAAACUGGAUGUUUUAAUUCCUCAAUAGUUAAAAUAGCUCUCGAAAAAACUCAAUAUCGUUUUCAGGAACGAAUGCAAAAACAGUCUCUUGGACGUGUAAGGUUAAUUGAUUCUAUUAUCGAAGGAGAGAAUACACGCUUUAAAGAAAUCGUUCAUAAUGGUGAAUUUAUAGUGUUAAUGGGAGAAAGAUUUAGUGUGAUGGAUGUUCUUUCUGAUACAAAGUUAAAAAUUGCUGGCAAUUUCAAAACUAUAAGUGGAUUUGAUAACUGGAUGGAUUUCCGCAUUGAACCAAAAUCCAAAUUAAAUGGUCUUAUCGAUGCCUAUAAAUUAAUGUUUGAGAAAUAUCCAGUUGACAGCUGCGUUGAUCCUGAACAAAAUCGUCCUCUUAAUUUGAAGAUAGUUCUUGAUCUUGAGAAUAAUGAUAAUAUCGAAGAAUAUGACGAGAAAUUUAAGGAAUACAUUUCUGAAAUAUUUAAAGAUUUAAAGAGUUCCACAAAAAAACCCUCAACAGUUUUAAAAAAAUUUUCUACAUCAGUUAUUACUUUCAAGGAACUUGAUAUUAAAAAUGUGAAAUUUCAAAAGUAUUCAUCAAAAUAUAAAUUAGGAGAUUGGAUAAUUCAACUUUGUUGUUUAAUUCCUAUACAAAUUGCUGUAGCAAGAAAUAACUUGUUUCUACCUCUCAGGGACGGAUUAUUUUCAAAUGUUGAAUUUGAUGGUUUAGGACAUGUGAAUAAUAUUGCAGAAAACAUUUCUUUUGGAUGGUAUGAAGGAAUUUUCAAACAUUUCGGUGAUAAAAAAGUUAAAGUUGUUUCUAGUAUGGGGGAACAAUCAUGCGGAAAGUCGUUCAUGUUAAAUCAUCUUGUUGGAACUUCUUUUGAUGGCUCAGCUAUGCGUUGUACUGAGGGUGUAUGGCUGUCACUAGUUAAUACCAAGGAAUAUAUUUAUGUCGCACUAGAUUUUGAAGGUAUAAAUUCUCUUGAGAGAAGCGCUCAAGAAGACAUAUUUUUAACUCUUUUUAAUACCGUCAUAUCAAAUCUCAUACUCUUUAAGAAUCAAUUUGCAAUAAAUCGAGAUAUUUCUUCAAUGUUCCAGAGAUUUCAAGACGGAGCAAUGUUAUUCGAAUCAGAUCCAAAAUUAUUUAAGGCAAAACUUUGUGUAAUCAUAAAAGAUGUACCUAGAACCGACCACGAAGGAAUUCUUCGAGAAUUUAAAUUAAGAUUUUCUCAAUUAGUUUCAGAAGAAGGUGAAGAUAAUUUCAUCUCAAGAAUGUAUCAAGGUGGAUUGGAUAUUGUUCCUUGGCCAAUGUUUAAUGAUGCUACAUGGUUCAGGACAUUAUCAAAAUUGAAUAAUAGACUGGAUAUGCAGGAAGCAAAAUAUGAUAAUGCACGAACUUUCUUACAAUGUACAAAAGUAAUUAUGGCUAAAUUAAAGAUUUGUGAUUGGAGAUCGCUAGAUGAAAACCUCAUACAAAUCCGUGUUGUUACAUUAAAAAAAUUACUAAUAACUGUAAUCUCUUAUGGUUUGGAACAAAAUGAAUCUGCGAUUGAACAACUUAUGAAUCACGAUACUGGAACACCCAUUGAUGACCCAAUAGUCAAAUUUUCUGAUAUUUUACAAGACUUCAAAGGUUCCGAUCGAAUAUUAGCAGAUUCUGGUCUACAAUUAUAUGGUGAAUUCGAGUCUUUUGUCCAACUUUCUGAAAAUUUAAGAGCUUACUUUGAAGAAAAUGUACAGCCGCGAAAAAACUCAUCUGAUGAUGCUAAAUGGUUUGCCAACUUGAAUAGAUUCAUUAACUCUAUUAUUGAACGCAGAGUUUUACGUGUUCAAAAUUGGUAUAUGCAAAAUACUGCCCAGUUUUCUCAGCAAAAUAAUCAAAACAGCGACAUUGUUAACGGCAAAUAUGCAAUGGAGCAAGAAAUAAGUAAACUUAUAAAUUUAUGGACGUUGUGUGGAUUAACAUGUCAUCAAUGUGGUUUAAAAUGUGUUAAAAGUCGUGACCACGAAGAGAAUCAUGAUUGUUUAACGGAUCAUAAGUGUAAAUUUCUUUGCCACUUCACUGAAGUUCACAACGAAACAUCAAUUCCAACAUGUAGUUAUAUAGCUGGACAUGAAGGCAAACAUGCUUGCAAUGAAGCGAAUCAUUUGUGUGGUGAAUCAUGUAGUCUUAUCGAUAAGCGUAACUGCCAACAAGUUUGCUCAAAAGAAAUCGGACAUGUUAAUGAGCAUAUGUGUCAAUCUUCACGUCAUUAUUGUGGAAAAGCAUGUUCAUUAUCAACGACAACUCAGAAAGGAGAUUAUCGUUGUCUUAAUAAAUGCAUUAUGCCUUAUGAAGAAGUACAUGAUUUACACCGCUGUGAAAAUGAGACGUGUCCGAUUCAAUGUCCAAUUUUAGAUUGUCAGAGAAAAUGUCAAAGCAAUGAACAUUUUCACUCUGAUUCUAAUUCGCAAGUGAAUCAUUUUUGUGGAAAUGACCAUCAAUGCCGAGAAUUAUGCCAAGAAGAUGGUAUAUGCAAAGUAAUACUUGAACCCAAGAAACAAGAAGAGGUUUAUAAAGGAUUAAUUGAAGAAACUUCCAUUACAUUUACUAAGUAUAUUCAAUUAAGUGAAAGGUUGAAAUGUAACAAAAAGAUUCCUCCAAAUGAAUUUAAACAUACUGGAAAGCAUACGCACCAUACAAAUGAAAACCUUACACAAGAAGAAGGUUUUCAUUUCUGUGAUGUAAAAUGUCAAUUCUGUGAAUAUUUUUGUACUUUACCCUAUGGGCACACGCAAAUACAUAACACAACCCAUGGAAAUAUGAUACAAACUGAGUUCACUAGUGAAGAUAAUGAAUUUUUAAGAGUUGGUGAUCGAGGAACUUUUGUUCUUUGUAACCUGUUUUGUAAAGAUUUAGGAAGACACCGUCAUAUUAGUUAUUGUCAAAGUCAAGACAUUUGUAAAGGGCAAGAUAUCCAGCAUAUUAAUGAACAAGUACAACCUAAUCCUAAUAAAUCAAAAGAUUUCAUUACUCACAAAUUGUUCUGGGAACGAACGGGUUUUAAAGAUCCUUAUUCUGUUCAAGAACAACAAGAGUUUGCGAAAUGUGAUUAUGAAUGUCCCGAUGAAAGGCAUCAUAAAUCUAAGAGAUCUACAAACGAAUCGCUUACUAAAUCGUUUUGUGAAUUACCUCUUUUUCAUGCUCAACUUGAUCCGAAUUCAAAUCCCCCUAAUGAUAUUGGAUAUAUUUCCAAAGAUGGACAUCAUUUUAAUUGUGAGAUUCCAAGUUCACGUGCUACUUUUCAUAUUAUCUUUGUUUUGGAUCGUUCAAGUUCUAUGACACUCCCAAUCAUCGGCGGCGACCACCUUUCAUUAUUAUAUUUGUUGUUCAUGCCCUGGGAUCCUAACAAUAAUAACCAUAGACUUAGCGCAGUCUAUAAUGCGGUGUAUCAAUUUAUGAAUGCACGUAUAAACUCUGUUCAAACAAAUCAAUAUCAAGUCAUUCAUGAUAAAUUAUCAUUGGUCUUAUUUAAUCACGAGGUUAUCGUUCCGUUUGAGAAUCAAGAUUUAACAGAACCGAAGAAUUUGUUAGAUAAAAUGAUUGAACACCAACCUUGUGGAGGAACGUGUUUCGAACUCGCAAUUCAGAAAGCCGGAACUUUGAUUUCAUCUCAUUAUGACCCCACAAGAACAAAUAUUAUUAUCUUCUUGUCUGAUGGAGAAUGUGAAACUCCAGAAAAGCAGCUUCGUGAUAUCUGUAAAGAAAAUCAAACAAGAGGAUCUCCAUUAUAUCUCUAUACAGUAUUAUUUAGCAACGACUCGAAUAAAUCCUCUUUAGAAGAAAUGGCAAAUAUUGCGAAAUCUUAUCACACUAAUAAUAAAUCAUCCGAUGUUUUACGCUGCCAAUUUACUCGAGCCAUCGAUGAUAUUAAAUUAGUAAAUCAUUUUACGGAUAUGGCAGCUAGUUUAAGAGAACAUAAGCCGACCUUGUUAACGAAGGAUCCUAUCAUAUAA